UUCUUACUCUUCUUCCUCCUCCCAACAGCCACAAAGAUCCAAUCCUUUCUCCCAUUUUUGUACGAUCAACACUUUAUUUGAUCAACAAAACACAGAACCUGAAUCCCAAACCCCACUUUCGAGCUCUCCAAUUUCCGCCAUGGCCACCAGCAUUGACUCCCUAGACUCUUCAAAACCUGCCAACAACUGCAUCGGUUGCCCUCCCCAAAACAGUGCUGCCACCAUCCACGACUCCUCCCACCCUCCCUCCGCCAUCGCCUCAGCUGACUCCACUCUCGGCCGCCACUUAGCACGCCGCCUGGUGGAGAUCGGGGUGGGGGACGUGUUCUCUGUCCCCGGGGAUUUUAACCUAACCCUACUAGACCAUCUCAUUGCUGAACCGGGGCUCACCAACAUCGGCUGCUGCAAUGAACUCAAUGCCGGUUACGCCGCUGAUGGGUACGCCCGGGCCCGUGGCGUCGGGGCGUGCGUUGUCACGUUUACUGUGGGUGGGCUUAGUGUUCUCAAUGCCAUUGCUGGAGCGUACAGUGAGAACCUUCCUGUUAUUUGUGUUGUUGGAGGGCCUAACACAAAUGAUUAUGGCACGAACAGAAUUCUUCACCACACCAUUGGCUUGCCGGAUUUCAGCCAAGAACUCAGAUGCUUCCAGACUGUCACUUGCUAUCAAGCUGUGGUGAACAACUUGGACGAUGCACAUGAACAGAUUGACACAGCCAUUUCUACCGCUCUCAAAGAAAGCAAGCCUGUAUACAUUAGCAUCAACUGCAACUUGCCUGCCAUUCCACAUCCAACUUUUAGCAGAGAGCCCAUUAAAUUUUGCAUCUCACCUAGAAUGACCAACAAGAUGGGGCUAGACGCCGCUGUGGAGGCAGCAGCUGCCUUCUUGAAGAAGGCAGUGAAGCCAGUUGUGGUUGGCGGACCCAAGCUCCGAGUGGCAAAGGCUCAUGAAGCCUUUGUUGAAUUUGCAGAUGCCAGUGGCUAUGCUGUUUCUAUGAUGCCAUCAGCCAAAGGGCAUUUCCCUGAAACACAUCCUCGCUACAUCGGGACAUACUGGGGAGCAGUCGGCACUGCCUACUGCGGUGAGAUUGUGGAGUCUGCUGAUGCAUACGUGUUCGCCGGUCCAAUCUUCAAUGACUACAGCUCGGUUGGCUACUCUCUCCUUCUCAAAAAGGAGAAGGCAAUCAUUGUGAAGCCCGAUAGCGUGGUGGUUGGCAAUGGCCCUUCUUUCGGUUGUGUCCUAAUGAAGGACUUUCUUCAGGCACUUGCGAAGAGGGUCACCAAAAACACAACCGCUUACGAAAACUACGCCAGAAUCUACGUCUCAAAUGGCCAGCCUCCCAAAUGUCAGCCUAAUGAGCCUCUAAGAGUGAACAUUCUGUUCCAGCACAUUCAGAAAAUGCUUUCAGCUGACACCGCAGUUAUUGCUGAGACCGGUGAUUCUUGGUUCAACUGCCUGAAACUGAAACUGCCGGAAGGAUGUGGGUAUGAGUUCCAGAUGCAGUAUGGCUCAAUCGGGUGGUCUGUUGGUGCAACUCUUGGCUAUGCAGAGUCUGUUCCAAAGAAGCGCAUCAUUGCUUGCAUCGGUGAUGGGAGCUUCCAGGUGACUGCACAAGAUGUGUCAACGAUGAUCCGAUGCAAUCAAAAAAGCAUCAUCUUCCUCAUAAACAAUGGAGGAUACACCAUAGAAGUUGAAAUCCAUGAUGGGCCUUACAAUGUGAUCAAGAACUGGAACUACACCGGUUUGGUGGAUGCAAUCCAUAACGGUGAAGGAAAAUGCUGGACAACAAAGGUUCGUACCGAGGAGGAGCUAACGGAAGCGAUUGCAACAGCAACUGGGGAAAAGAAAGACUGCUUGUGCUUCGUUGAAGUGAUUGUUCACAAGGAUGACACAAGCAAAGAGCUGCUUGAAUGGGGAUCCAGGGUCUCUUCUGCCAAUAGCCGCCUGCCAAAUCCUCAAUAAAAAAGCCAUUCUUUAGAAUGAUCACAAAAAAUCCAAAUUAGAAUAAGAUCUUAGUACUUUAGUAGAUUGAAUUAUUUUAUUUAAAUUAGACUAAGAGCAAAAUUAUAUCCUAGAAUUGUGUUUCUAGAUUAGUUUCUACUCGUGAAGGAAUAUCAAAAUUUAUGAAUUUUCUCA